CGGCUUGGAAACGACAGCUGGUGCAGACUUCAGCAGCCAAAUUGCUGACUGGGACAAGGCAGUGGAAACGUACAAUGGCAAUUCUGGCAGGGCUGCAUUGGCUACCGACUAGCUUCUGGGCCAGAUUCAAAGGGCUGGUUUUGACCUAUAAAGCCUUGCGUGGCUCAGGCCCCCAAUGAACCCACCUGCCCCUUAUGAUCGUCAUCUGAGGCCCUUCUCUGUGUGCCCCCUGGGAAAGUGUGGAGGGUGGCAACACCAGGACGGGCCUUCUUCGUGGUGACUCCCCAUUUGUGGAAUGCUCUCCCCAGGGAGGCACGCCUGGUACCACCAUUGCUUGUUGUUAGGCGCCAGAAGAGGCAACGGGUUGGCCAGAAGGGUGAAGCAGUUCAUGGCCCAGCUUAAGAAGAGCGACCAGCAGGAUCCUCCCCAGACCAAGCUACGGGACAAAGCAGGAAAGCUUUGCCAAACUCUCCAGCACUCUCCUCGGAGCCUGGCGGAGCUGGUGCAGACCAUGGCGCAGGGCAGGCACUGGGGGUACCUCCUCACCAAUGUCCACAUCGUCCAGGCUCGUGUGUUUGUCCAUCUCCGCCAGAACCAGUAUGAUGCAGCUUGCAAACUUCUGGAGAGCUGCAAAGCAACAGAGAAGGCGGAUCUGGUGAGGCUUUGGCAUGAGAUCCACUAUUGGCAAGAGAGGGAGAAGCGGAAGGCACAGUCCUUGACACCUGUCCAGAAAUACAGGUGUAGAAAAAGGAACCCUCCGCCAGCCUCCCUCUGUCCCGAGGGGGUGAAAAGCAGGAACUACCCUAAGGAGGUCCGCGAGAUUCUGCGGAGGUUUGCUGUGGAGGUGACCAGCAAGCCGAGCAGGCAGCAGAGGGAGUGGUUGGCUAGUGACACAAACCUGCAGCCCUGUCACAUCUAUAACUGGUUUGCCAAUUAUCGCCGGCGCAAAAAAACCAAAGCCAGUCAGCAGCUGCAAGGGCCUGUCAUCACCUCUGUUGGCAUUGAGGAUUCAGCCUGCCAAGGAAAACCUCAAGAGGAGGGGAUGUGGAGAAGCCCUCAGGCUGCAGGUGGACGUUGUGGAGAUGCUGGCGUGGAACAAAUGGAAGAUCCCCUUGUCGCCUGCAGCCCAGGGUGGGAGUGGAGAGCCGGAGGCCAGAGCGACAACCCCAGUGGGGCUCUUUUCUUGUUGCACAGCAGCACCGUGCAAAGCGACCAGCAGGAAAGCUUUUGCCCAGGCGCGGAGGCCGUGGCCGGCCCCAUCGGAGCCAAAGAGAUGACAGCUUUUGAUCCGCCUGCUGGGCCAGAGCAAGGAACAAGCCUCAGCACCAUCAUGCUGGAGACCGGACGGGAACCGCCCAGCUCUGCUGCCACUGGCAGCUUCUGGGUGGAGAACCCCGUUGGCCAUCCUUACGAUUUAUACCCAGCACCUCCCCUGGCUGAGAUGCUGCCGGCGCCUAGAGCAACCCCAGGAGCUGUUCACAAGGGGGUCCAGUGCUCAUUGGGGGGCUGGGAGGCACCCUGUGGGUGCCAUUGCUCCAGGUCCACAGGGAGCCCGGCCACGUGGCAGCAGCAAGGUGAGAGGGCAGGAGAUUUGGAGGGGGUUGUUAAGGACAAGAGCAAGGGCGCCAACCCCACGAGGACGUUUUCCUGCCCAAGGCAGACUGAAACAAAGGGCAGCUGCACGGGGGUCGUGGGUGGUGUGACGCCCUCACUUCAGGAAUCAGCCUGCACUGGGGGUGGGUGGGUGCAAGGGCAGGGCCUGCUGCAUGCUGGGAGUGGCUGUGCUCAUGGUCUGGGAGUGUCUCUUCCGGCCUCUCCUAACCAGGCAUUUACUCCAACGCAGGUUGUGGCAGGGGGCCUCCGGAUGUCUCUGGGGAGGCCAGGCCAGAGACGGUCAGUGAGCAGGCAGACUUAGCGAUUGAAGGCCUGGUACUUAGAGAGAGGCAGCUAGGGAGCUCCUGGGCAGCCCUCCUGCCCUGCAGGUAACCAGGAGGGGCCGGGGGAAGGAUCCCUUGGCUUGUGGGGCCCAAGAACACUCUGGAAAUCGCUGGCGAAGGAGCAGUAGCCAUGGAGCAACAAGGGCCUCUGAGUCCCACCACUCAUCGCCCCUCCACUGAAGCCAGAGUGAUUGCAGUCAGCACCAAGAACCCCAGGGGGCUUCCAGAUGAGCCUUUAUCAUGGGACUGAAGCUCCUCACACAUGGACGUUUUUCACAGCAUCGUCUGCACAACACCAUUAGCAUCAACAGGCAGCUCAUAUUCCCCCUCCCCCAUUUAAUCUGGAUUUAACAUUUCCAGGGAAGAUCCAAAAAGUUAAAAAACCUGUUGACAGUCACCCAUUUGCAAUAUCUGAACAACCCCUUUGCCAUAUUAAGCCCUGCCCUGGAAGCCCCCCCCCCCCCGGUGUUGCGGAGCCCCACAGCAACUUUGCUCAAACAGUGAACACCUGUGGCUUUUUAACCCAAACGUUCCUUAUUUUAUGACUGUUGGUUCUAAAACAAUUCAGGUUGUCUCCCCCCCACACACACAACACACAUCCCUUUUCAGGCUGGCUGCACAUAUGGUAGUCUUUAAAGAGAAUUGCAAGUCCUAUGGGAGAGGAAUUGUUACCCUGGGUGCUUUAGACCACUUAUUGCCUCUGGUCAAACAGGAUUUGCAGGUUUUGGGGAACAAUACAAAAACCUGCUGAACCCAUUUACUUGAAGCAGAAGUGGGAUGGUUAUGUGCUUCUCAGGUAACUUUGUGGUUUGCCUACCAUCUGCAUCCUACCUUCAUCUGUCUCCGGAUUUCUAGAAAAACCAUCAUACAGCUGGAUGGGCAUAUAGGAAAAUGAGCAUGCAGCGUGUCAGUGGGGGCCAGGGGCUUUACCUCCACAAUGGAAGGGGGCAAUUCUGUCAUGGGGGGAUGUAAGAGAGAGGUCUGCCCCGGCCUGACUGGAGAAGGGGCUUCAUUCGCUUCCAACCUACAGUGCUAAGAAUAUUUGUCACUUUCCACAAGAAGAUUUCUCAAAGCAAUUUACCAAUCCAUAAAAUACAAGUUAAAUGUUGUGUAUUGUAUAUUUUUACCAUUGUAAGCCACUUUGGGACCUAGAGAGUGAAAAGCAGGAUAUACAUUUUUAAAAUAAAUAACAAACCUGUAAUAAUCAAUUAAAAACCAAAUCCAUGGGAGGAAAAGUACAAUACAAUAAAAAUUAUUUAUUUAUUUAUUGCCUUUGUAUACCGCCCCAUAGCCGAAGCUCUCUGGGCGAUUUACAACAAUAGAAGUGCUCCCACAAUAACAACUAGGAAAAGGAUGAAUCCUACCCCAUCUCAUUAAGCAAUGAGCACCAUAAAACAGGCCUUAAUUCAUACCACAGUACAGUCUCAAGCUAAUGACCAAAAGCCUGGUCAAAGUGGAAUGUCUUAUCCUGGCAGCUAAAAGCUGGCAAUGGUGGUGCCAGGCCUGGGAAGAGCAUUCCACAGACGAGAGCCACCACUGAAAGGGCCCUAUUCUCAUGUCGCCACCCUCUGCACCACCCUCAGAGGAGGGACACAGAAACUCAGAGGGGAUAUGGAAUUUUAAAUCUUUUUAUUAAUUACAUAUUUUCAUGUAGCUUAAAUACAGUAUAUUAAAAUCAUACCGAUACUGAUACAGAUUACAGAAUUUGUGUAUGCAAGACCUGUGUCAAAAAGGGCCUGGGUUUGUUGUAUGGUAUCCCAAUCUCACUUGCUCCUCCUCCUUC